AUGGUCGGCUUACUCUCACUCAGCUUUGCAUUGCUCUCCCUCGCCGGCUAUGUUCUCUCCACCCCCGUCACCCUUGCCGACCCCCCAAGACGGCCUCUCGUCAUCUGGCAUGGUCUUGGAGACUCAUACACGUCCCCGGGCAUGCUGGAGUUCAUCCAGCUCAUGAAAGACGAGCAUCCUGGCCUAUUUGUCCACUCAGUUCAUCUCGACGAGGACCUGGAGGCGGACCAGAAGGCUGGCUUUUUCGGGAACGUCAACGAGCAACUCGCAUUCGUCGCCGAGCAGCUCUCGAACGUCACUGAGCUCAAGCACGGCUUUGACGCCAUCGGGUUCUCUCAAGGCGGGCAGUUCCUCCGCGGCUACGUCGAGCUCUACAACGCGCCCCCGGUGCACAAUCUCAUCACCUUCGGCUCGCAGCACAUGGGUGUGUCCGACCUCCCGCUCUGCUCGCGCUGGGACCUCUUCUGUCAGCUCGCGCGGCGCGCCGCCCGCGGUGGCGUCUACACCGACUGGGCACAGGAGAACCUCGUCCAGGCGCAGUACUUCCGCGACCCGGCCAACCUCCCAACAUACCUCGAGCGCAACACGUUCCUCGCGCCUGUGAACAACGAGGUGCCUGGGGCGCGCAACGCGACGUACGCGGCCAACCUCGGAAAGCUCAAUCACCUCGUCCUCGUCCUCUUCUCCCAGGACAAGACCGUCGUUCCGAAGGAGAGCUCGUGGUUCGGCGCAUACGCGGAGCCGGAAGAGGACGGGCUGUUCGGCGAGUGGGCGUGGAGCGAGAAGACGAUUGUGCCCAUGCGCUUGCAGCCUUUGUACACUGAGGACUGGAUUGGGCUCCGGAAGCUGGACGAGAGUGGCCGUGUCACCCUGGAAACCUGUGAGGGCGAGCACAUGCAGAUCAAGGAGAGUGUUGGAAGCCCCUCGUGCAGCGCUACGUCGGGGAGGCUCUGUCGAGUGGGGUUCAGCACCACGGGCAGACAGUGCUUAGGGCACACGCUUAGUAUGCAUGCGCGAUGGAUGACGACGAGGAUGCUCAAGCAAUGA